UUUACUGGGUAGUUUUGAAAUCUAUCUGUCGCUUUUAUUGUAGCUAUUAAUAUUUUAUUUAAAAUAAAACAACUUAAAAUAAUGUAUAUUAACUGAAAGCGAAGUUGAACGCAGUUAGCUCAUUCACGUUAGCUAGAUCCAUCAGAACCGGUGUGUGUGUAUUUGUGUUUUGUGUAUAAGUGUGUGUGGUUGUGUGUGAGUGUUUGUUUGUGUGUGUGUGUGUGUGUGUGAGUGUGAGUGUGAGUGUGAGUGUGAGUGUGAGUGUGUGUGUAUUCGGACAUGCAGUGUGUACUAGUGAGUGCUUCAGGAACCCGGACUGAACUGUCUGAUGGUAGAGCUCUGAUCUUUGGUCGAGGUCCUGAAUCUGGAGUAAAGGAUAAAAAGUGUUCAAGACAUCAAGUAAAGCUUGUGGCUGACUACGCCAACCAGGAGAUUCAUGUGACGCAGCUCGGUCCAAACCCUUCAUCCUUGGACGGGCAAACUCUGAGCCGUGGUGAGUCUGGACGCUUGAGCGCAAACGGCACCCUCUACCUUGUCAAUCAGAGUUACCCGUUCACUGUUGAGUUUUCCGGUCCACCGAAAGAAGCCUCUUUAGCUUCGUCUUCCCAGCAAAAACCAGGGACCAGAACAGCGCAUGAUAAGAAGGUUGCACCCAAGAGGAGCAUCCAGGAUUUCUUUGCUUCUUCGCCUAAAAAGACAACGAAAAGGUCGCUCAGCCCUGAAGAUCCUGCGUCUAGUUCUAAACGUGUGCGCUCUGAGAAAUCCGAUGAGGAGGAUGAAGAGAACUUGGCGCAGGAGAAUCUCAAGCAGCUGCAGAUGUUUGCCCAGAAAGCGAGUAGCCAGCCAUCACCGCCAAGGAGUACCACCACUGCAGCAAGUGUCUGCUCACAGAGUCACUGGCAGCAAAUUGGCAACCUUAUGCUGUAUACUGCAGCAGGAGUCGCCAGCAGCACCAAGAUAGCUGGAUUUGAUAUUGAUGGCUGCAUUAUUACUACAAAGUCCGGAAAAGUGUUUGCUACUGGGCCAGAUGACUGGAAGAUCAUUUUCCCUGAGGUACAGCCCAAACUGGCCGGCUUGUUGAAGAAAGGAUUCAAGGUGGUGUUUUUUACCAAUCAGAUGGGUAUUGCUCGAGGCAAGCUCAGGCCGGAGGCGUUCAAAUCGAAAGCUGAAGACAUCCUUCAGACGUUAAAUCUUCCUAUUCAGGUAUUUGUUGCAGCAGGUCCAGGUAUUUACAGAAAGCCUGUCACAGGAAUGUGGGAUUACCUGUGUGAGAAGGCAAAUGAUGGCAUAGCUGUAGACAAAUCAGAGAGUAUCUACGUUGGAGAUGCUGCAGGCCGUCCUGCGAACUGGGCUCCUGGGAAAAAGAAGAAGGACUUUUCCUGUAGUGACAGGCUGUUUGCACUAAACAUUGGAUUGCAGUUUUACACUCCUGAGGAAUUCUUCCUGGGUUGGAAGGCUGCUCCUUACAACAUGCCAUCCUUAGAUCCGAGGACUUUGAACUCGAAGGACCAUCUUUAUGACCCCCCUAAUGCCUCACUUACUUCUACCAGCCAGGAAGUUAUUGUUGCUGUUGGAUUUCCUGGAUCUGGCAAGUCCACCUUCUUUAAUACCCACAUCAUUCCAAAGGGCUAUGUGUAUGUCAACAGGGACACAAUGGGUUCCUGGCAGCAGUGCGUGGCGGCUUGUGAGCGUGCUCUGAAAGAAGGCCGGAGCAUAGCUGUGGACAACACCAACCCUGAUGUAGAGUCUCGAAAACGAUAUGUGGACGUCAGUAGGAACGCUGGAGUUCCCUGUAGAUGCUUUAACUUUACUGCUUCCUUUGAACUGGCCAAACAUAAUAACACGUUUCGUGAGAUCGCUCCCUCAACCACCAAGCAUGUUCAUGUCAACGACAUGGUCUUCCACAGCUACAAAAAGAAGUUUGUGGCUCCGAGUCUGUCUGAGGGCUUCUCCGAAAUCCUGCAGAUCCACUUUGUUCCCAGUUUUACUGACAGUCAGUCGGAGGCUCUGUUUAGACAGUUCUUAGGGAGCUAAAGUUACAACAGCGGCUGCGGUCUUGACGAAUCCUUGGCGUCCUUUAUGGACAUUGAGCUGCCAUGCUGGUCUGUUGUUGCCAAGCAUGUGAGAAUGUUUUUAGUAAUUCAAGUAAUGUUAUCUAUGGGGGUUCUGCAGUUUGGGGGCAGAACCAGAAAUGCCCCAAUAGAGUUGGGAUGUUUACUCUUGUUUUUGGCAAUAAAAAUGGUUUCACCAGUA